AUGCAGUCUCAGGGAAGUUUCGCCAGCCAAUGGCCGGGCGGUCAGGACGCAAGCACCGCUGCCGCUGCCGCCGAUGACAGCCCGGUCAUGAGCGCGACUUCGGGGCCGGUGGACCACUUGUUUUGGCCUGCGCAUGAUCCUGCGCCGUCGCCUGGUGAGCUUCGAUCACCGUACUUGCAGUCACAGCAGCGACAGACGUCGGCGGAAGCGCAGAUGGCUCGGCCGCAGGAGCAGAGGACGGGUGCGGGUUUGGGCGCGAAUCAGCAGCAGACGCACACGUUGAGCAAUGCGAAGUCGACUCCGGUGUUGAUGCCGUCGCAGCCGGGAGGCGGGAGGGUGCGAAACAUGGCGAACAAGUUUGAUCAGGCGGGUGCGGCGGAUGGGAGACAGCAGCCGCCACAGUUGACGGUGCGGACGAGCGAGGAGAGGUAUAGAAGGCCUGUUGCGAGGACGCCACGGUCGCCGACGAAAGACGGGGUGCGGAAGCUGCAGAAGAGCCCGGCGAAGGAUGAUAGACGCAAGCUGCAGAAGAAGGCGUCGGGGCAGAGAUCACCUACGAAGUCUGCUUCGACGUCGUUUGGGACGGAAACUUCGUUUGGGUCUACGUCUACGGUCAUGAGCACGAAGAGUCAGCCACAUAUGGCGUUCAGUCCGCAGAAGCAGGCGCGGAUGCCGUACGCCGGUGCUAGGCCGCUGUUUGGCGAAAUCACUUCGGAUGGGAGAUGGAACGGCAAUUUCGAGCUUGGAAACUAUGGACCUCUGCCCUCAUUCGCAACGACAAACCGGAGGUCAAGUGAUGGUGGUGCUGCACUUGGGCACGGGAGAAGUCAAUCGCAUCAGGACAUCCUGCAGCCGGCAUCCACCACUGCAUUGUCACCUCCACAAUCGCAUGGUCUCAGCCACAAACGGAGCCGAAGUGAUAUGGACGCCUUCAACCAUCCUGUGGCUGCCCCGAGCAUGCCGAAUCUCUACCAGAACCCUCAACCGCCGAUAUAUCCUACGCCACCGAACUCGGGAUCGCGGAAUGCGCUGCUCAAAGAGGCGUCACCCACUUCACGAAUACCUCCACGCUCGGUUUCUGCAAUGUCCAACCCGCCUGCCUCCCGAAACCGCCUCUCAAAAUCACCUACCCGAAGGACACAGCCAAAUGGCAAAGAGAACGUGACACCUUCAAGCGUACCUCGAGCUCGCUACCACCCGGCCGCUUUGAACUCCACGAACAGUGGGCAAUCGCUCUCUGCCAAGAUCGUGGCGCCGCUGCCGAAGACUUCACCACCGCUACGCUCAUCUCGGCCUAGGCAGCCGGUGAGCUCAGCGACGACGUCUGCCAGCCGCGCCAGAGCCGCCGAGCGCUUCCAGGGACAAUCUUCCAAGGACGGGCGGAGGCCGAGCGAGCAAUGGUUGGGAAAGCCGUACGACCCGCAAAAAGAGCGUUCGAGGCGCAAGAUACCUGAGCUGGGCAAGAUCGACUUCGAAGCGCGCAGGGAGAGGAUACAGAAGGCUAUCUCGCAGAACUUGGAAGAGAGUCGAUCACAUGAGAGUCUGAAGAGUGGGCAGGUGCAGUCAAGGCAGGUUUCGAGUGAGUUGGAUGCAAGAGCUGGCGCACCUGUAGAAGGAGAGGGGCUGAACAGCGCGGAUGAGCGUCAAGCUGAGCUGAUGGAUCGAGAGACGGAGAGUAUGCCUGGUGGCUGGCCGACUCCAGGCUUGAGCGUCGACACGUUCAAUGUGCCGAGUCAGCAGGAGCGCGAGCCGGAGCCGCGGACUGCCAACACAGCGCAGACUGAAUUUGACUUGGAAGAGAGCCCCGUGCUGGGAAGACCUCCUAUAGAAGAGGAUCGUGGGGCUGAGAAGAGGGCCAGUGGACUCCAGAUGCUGACGUCAGCCACUUAUGGACAGCCACCGCCCAGAGUACCGACACCGAUUUCGACUGAGCAGGAGGCGCCAAGGGAGGAGGUGCAGAGUCCGAGUGUGCUGGAGAAUGUGAUGCGUAUGCGGCAGCGAAGCGGUUCGCAGGCUGAGUCGGAUUACUUUGACAACAGUGCUACUGGGUCUCCGGAGGACAGUCCGAGUGAUCUUGAGGAUCGCUGGGGCCUGGCGAAUGGACUUCAGAGCGUGCAAGGCUCGAUCAAGAUCAUGCUCGAUGACGAGCCUCCGAACAAGACGCAUCAAGCUACGCGAAGUUGGUCGCAGAACGUGCACGAUGAGCUUCGACAUGCUGGUACUGGCACGGAUGAUGUGCAAGAGGUGCAGUACUUGAAUGACCGUGCGUACACCGCGAACGGAAUCACGCAUUCGCCGACGAGCGACGGGCAUGAGGCCGAUGUGCAGGUGACGCCGCGCAAGAGGCCUGGACGAGACGACACAAUCCGCCAAGCCGACUUUGCAAAAUCGCUGGCUUAUGACGCGAAUGGCGAACCAUCGGACCCAGCUGUCGCGAGAGCUUUGACUGAGUACCAAGAAAGUGGAUCGCUUUCGCAAGGCAUGAUGGAGGAAAUGCAGAGGCAUAUGGUUGAUCUGCAGCGGAUGUCGAACAACCAAGGCUCGAAUGGCUUCAUGAUCCAGAGCUUGCUGGACAGCAUUCUUGAUGUUCAAGGUCAGCAGAGCCGUGAGCCGGAGGAGGAGAAGCAGGAGACUCUGCCGUCCACUACCUAUGAUGUGCCUGAGGUCACUCCGGACACGCCUCCUGGGUGGGACUACGACGCUGGAACUGGAACUGCGGUUGUCUUCAGAAACAGCACGGAAGACGGAGCGCCGGCCGAAGACGAAGAGGACGAAGAAGACUUCUACGUCAAGAUCCGGAAGGCAGACGAGGAAUGGGAGCGGCAGCAACGUGGCGAGUACCUCAGACUUGAACAUGAGGAGGCCGAUAGGCCACAGCCACCGCCGAAGGACGAUGGGUAUACCCCCAGAUCCAGCCUUGGACCCAAUAGCGCCACUUUUGCUCCCGACUUCUCUGCUGGUCUUCGCAUUUCGACGAGUGGGCAGCUCGACAUGCCUGGUAUGCAGACGACAGAUAGCCCGGCAGAGCUGAAGGCAUCGGAGCUGCCGCAGAGUCCGACCUCGACGACUGGUGCUCCACCCCAGCCCAGCUAUGCUCCGCCCGCACCUCCGCCAGCUGCUGCUUCCGCGAGUCGGAUGCCGUUUGGUAUGGCUGAGGCUCCUCAGCUGUCGGCCACCCACUCUGAGCGCGAGUCGAGUGAGAUGUCACCCAGGGCCCGCAAGAGUGUCUGGGCUCAAUCGGGCUCCUCUCGACCAUCAACUGACAGUCAACGUCCGGCUGGGCCACCUCCAGUACCUGGGUCGGUGUCGAUGAGCUCUUUCACGGAGUCUGGACGGAAGAUCUCGCUGGACACAGAGGGUGGUGCUCAGAACCGUGCCGCUAAAGGUACCUCGCCGUCGCCAGAGCAGAAGCGACUGCAGCGCCGGCGGAACAUCAUCAAGGAGCUCAUCGACACCGAGUACACCUACCACCAAGAUCUCAAGAUUAUUGAGGACAUUUACAAGGCUACUGCUGUGGCAGACCUCAUCUCACCGGAAGACAAGAAGGUGUUAUUCGGGAACUGCGAUGACAUCGAGCACUUCUCGUUGCACUUUUACGACGACCUGCGGAAAGCUGUCACUGCUGUUUAUGUGCCUGCGAAGUCGAUGCGGUGGAUGAACAAGCGAGGGAGCUACUCGACUACGCAGAGCGAUGCUACUACCCAAGGAUCCACACCCGAAGGUGCCGAUGACGAGAAAGACAAGACGACCACGAUUGGCCAGGUCUUCCUGUCCAACCUACAGCGGAUGGAGGUGGUGUACAGCUGCUACCUCAAGAAUCACGAUGCGGCGAAUCAGCGUUUGUCAGCUCUGCGAAGCACGCCAACAGUCAAGUGCUGGCUUGAGGAGUGCCACAACAAUGCCAGCGAUAUAACAUCUGCCUGGGAUCUGGACUCUCUUCUGGUCAAGCCGACGCAGAGGAUCGCCAAGUAUCCGAUGCUUCUUCAGCAGCUUCUGGAAGUCACACCAUCGGCCCAUCCGGAUCGAGAAGCCUUGUCGUCUGCAGCGAGGGACUCGGUGAGCAUGCUCACCCGCAUCAAUGAUGCGAAGAAGCGUGCAGAUCUCGUGGAUCAGAUUGUGAAUGGCAAGCGCAAGGACUCUGAUGUGCGAAGUGGUAUCGCGAAGGCCUUUGGCAGACGCACGGAGAAGCUCAAGGAGCGGGUGGGCAUCGCUGAAGCCUUCCAAGACCCGGAGUUCGAGCAGCUUGCGCAUAAGCUUGGUGGCCACUUCAUCCGCCUGCAGAUCUGCCUGCGGGAUGUACAAAACUACAUGAAUUGGACUGAGAAGGCGAUGGAGCAGGUCAAUAACUACGCCUACGCCCUCGACCUCUUCACCGACGUCACUGUCAGCAGCGGUUCGGAGCAGGAGAGCAAAUGGCGCAAGUACGGACAGGCGGUCCGCGAAAUCACCUCGAUCGCGUUCCAAGAGCACAAGGCCGCGGUGCACAAGCGCGUCAUCGACCCUAUGAUUGCGUGUAUAGAGUUGCACCGCGGUCCGCAGAACGCCAUUGCGAAUCGCAAGCGCCGCAUCGUGGACUACGCCAAGUGCAAGUCGGUUGAGAAGCGCGGCGAAAAGCCGGAUAAGAAGAUGAUCGAGGCUUCGGAGCUGUACGUGGCGCUCAACGAUCAGUUGAAGAUUGAGCUGCCGAAGCUGUACAGUCUUACUGGCAGUCUGGUGCAGGGGUGUCUGAACUGUUUCCUGGAGGUACAGGUUUCGUGGCAUCACACGUGGGAGCGCAAGCUGCGGCCGGUGCUCGAGGCGAAGGACAUUCCGACGAGCAUUCAUCAGAUCGAGCCGGCUUUCCGGGCGGACUUUGACCUGAUGCAGAAUGAGCUGGUCAAGUUGGGUAUCUGCAACGGUGCUGUGCUGGCAGAGUCGGCGAACUUCCUUUCGCCUUCGACGACUUUUGAUGGUGCGGAGACGCCUUCUUCCAAGCGGCCUUCCACACUCGACAGCUCGAAGCGGACGAUGUCAGUUGGAAGUGAAGCCUCACCAGACCUACGACCGUCUGGUGCCUACCAACGAAGCAGCAGCAGCUACGCCGCCACAGGCGGGGACAACCUCGCCUUCGCCCAAGACGCCCGCUUCCGUUCCAACUCCUCAAUGUCUAACAACGGCGCUCCUACGUCGGCACCGGUUUCAGGCAUGCUCGCGAACCAGCCCUGGUCCAACGGCAACACACCCACGUCCUCCUUCAGCCUCAGUCGCCCAGCAACAGCCAACCAACCUUCAACUCAACAACCCGUCCUCCUCCCCCCACGCACCAGCGCCGAGGCACCACGGUCUCCCCGCCCGGCUUCAGGCGCAACAUACUACACAGCCCAUCCCGGCCCGGACGACGGCCGCUACAGCGGCGCCUUCAGCUCCGCCGUCCCACCCGAAACACCCGACACCACCCCCUCUCUCCCCCUCACAGGCGCGAAUCUCAAGACCAUGUUCGUCUGCGCCAGCCUGUUCGAGUUCAGCAUCGACAAGACGCGCCGCGAAGGCGGAUAUCCCUACCUCACCUACGUCCAAGGCGAGGUGUUUGACGUGGUCGCGCAGAAGGGGGAGCUGUGGUUGGCGAAGAACCAGGAUGAUGCGACGGGGAGUCUGGGGUGGAUUUGGGAGCAGCAUUUUGUUAUUUUGUCGCAGGAUUAG